UACUCACAAGGUGUGCGCCAUUCAGCGAAAGUCUAUCGACAGGAGAAAGGGAGCUUUGGCUUUGUGAAAGAAAAAAAAAGCAGGGCCCAAAGCCCGUGGGACGCGCUCACUGGAAGUCUUUUAUAAACGUGAUCUGAUCUUGAGUGUGUUCAGAGAAGGAAAAAGACCUCGCACGGCAAACACGUACUUCGUCUUCGCUCGUUGCUAGCAUGGAGACGACGGUUCUUAUUUUGGAAUUAUGAGCAAGCGAUGUGGAUACUCGUCCUUCAAGUCAUUUGAAGUUGAAUUGAAAGGAUAAAUUUCAGAAUUUGACGCUGUUGUUCAUAUAUUUAUAGUCACCUCUUCAUGUUUAUGCGUGAAGUGGAGGAAUCAUUCAACGGGGAAAUCGUCUAAUUGGAUUGUUUCACAUUUUGUUUUUAACAAACAAAGAUUUGAAUUAAGCGAAAAGGUAAUAAGGCUCGCUGGAGAAUAAAGGAGUGGUUGGCAAGAAACUUUCACCAGUUUAUUUCAUCUGUAAAGAGGAUAACCAUCAAAAUCAGUUUGAUCCAUGAUUACUUCUCCAAAAAAAGGGAAAUAGAACCAAUGAAUUCGAUCUGUGUUUCAGUUUAGACUCGGCUGACAUGACACCAUUCUUGGGGAUUUAGAUCAACGGUGUUCAGCCCGGGAGGAUAUACCGAGGCCCUAUCCUGUAAUUUGAUUUUGUCUACAGUCGUGAAGCGUUCGCUGGAGGCAGAACAUCCAUUAGCGGCCAAAGAAAUGAUAAAAUGGGUGACCGCGUUUCCGUAACGUGUCUUCAAGGAGAGGUGUUAUUGAUAACUCAACAAAUGGAUAAAAGGAUCCUAUGAAAAUAACCCGUCAAGAAAAGGCGGUAUUGCGUGUGAGCCUCAUUUUACGUGAACUGCGUCGUCUUGUCGUGGUAAUUUUUUAUUCGACGCAAGCUAAUUGAGGAAGGAGGUGCGUACAUUUACAAGAUUUCGAAAAUCGUGUUGAUUUUAUUUUUUGAUUCUACUCUUUCAUCGCAAGAACAUGUGAGGGAUUAAAAUAAAGGCGGUCACAUGAUAUUAAGGUAUGUCUACAGAGUGAAGUCGUGGAUUGAUUCAUUUAAGCGUUGGUAGAUAUUUGCUGUUCGGACUGUUAAUAAAAAUCGUUACCAUGACGAAUAAUUUAACAAACGGAACAGACGACGGUGACGGCGGUGGAGGCUAUAGCCUCACCGGGUACAUCAUUGUCGGUAUCAUCCUCUAUAUCAUUGUCGUACUCGCCAUCGGUGGAAAUGCGCUGGUUAUCGCAUCCGUCCUCGUCUUCCGAAAACUCCGCACGGUGACCAACUACUUCAUCGUCUCCCUUGCGAUCUCGGACCUACUACUCGCGCUUUUCGUCAUGGACUUCAACGCCUGUUUCAUCGUCCUUGGCGACUACUGGCCGUUCGGGCAGGUGUUCUGUCGAUUUUAUAUCUCGAUUGAUAUUAUGCUCAGUACGGCAUCCAUUUUAAACUUAUGCUUAAUCUCUCUGGACCGGUACUGGGCCAUUACAUCACCUUUCAGCUAUUAUCAGCGAGUGAACGCCACGAACGCUAUUAUUUUAAUCGUCGUCGUGUGGGUUACGUCUUUCCUUAUAAGUGUGCUCCCAGUUAUGUUGGGACUCCACGUAGAUUAUACUUUAGACGAUGAGGAGUUCGACUUUUUCUACAAAGAACCUACAUUUUGCGUAUUGAUUAUUAAUCAGUGGUACGCGUUAGGAUCAUCGGUCAUUUCUUUCUUCAUCCCCAUAUUUAUCAUGGGUUAUACAUAUGCACGUAUAUUUAUUGUUGCGAGGAGACAAGCGCGACAAAUAGCCGCCUACAACAACACGGGACAGCGCAUACAGGGCACGGACAAGAAGGCCCAGGGUUCGAUGCGUCGAGAGCGUAAAGCAACCAAAACUCUCGCCAUCAUUGUCGGUGUCUUCAUCGGCUGUUGGUUACCAUUUUUCAUUUUGAACGUGGUGGAUCCCUUCUGCGGACGUUGCGUGCCUCCGACGCUCUUUAGCUUUACCGUAUGGCUCGGGUAUGUGAACAGUGCUCUGAAUCCGAUCAUCUACGCACAGAAUAGAAGCUUCCGAAAUGCCUUCAAGACCAUUCUCUUCUGUUACAAGUGCCGAGGGUUGUCCAUGCGGCAGGCGGACAGUAGCGACGACCAUACUGCCAUGAGCAACACGAGCCGACAGGAGCGGCUUAGAGGACGUUUGGGCAAUGGUUAUAACACCACACCACGUCCUUCGCAUUCAGAUCACCGAAGUAGCGUCGAGAAUUCAGCCGAGCAGAAUCAUAAGAUGGUCAAAGACACUUCUUUGGUCAUAGCUAAUAAGAACGCAAAUGCGAAUGUACAGGACUCAAAGAAAGAUAGCUCGUCACCUGUAGCUGUCGCUACCAUCACCCAUUCAGAUGCUAAUGGAAACGCAAUCGAUGUCCCACUUUAAAACAAUGUGUAUAUCAGUUUGAUCAAGCGUGUUUUGUUUUGGUUAAAAUGCACUUUCUUUUCAUACUUCUGUCCUAAACUAUACCCCUCUAAGGGUUUUCCUGAUACUUACAUUAUUACUUAAUUUGUUGGUAACAUUUCCGAUUCUCACAAGUCAUUAGCCGUUGACAUCUAAUAUAAUAUAUUAUCAUUAAUUCACCGUAUUCUUGAUGAUAGGCUGCAUGGUAAAAUACUGUUUAAGAUAUGCAUCUGGUUAUAUUUUAUCCUUUAGAAAAUAUAUUUCAACAAACCGAUAAAGUAUUGAAUAAAUAUUUGAUAAAUCAGUAUAUUAAUAGAUUAAUAAAUACAGAAGGAAAAUGUUGAACCUUGAAUGUUGAAUCUUCAGUAUGUUUUCGUCACAUCUACUCUCAAAGCAAAAUACUAAACGCAAUGAUCUUUCAAUGAAGAAAAUUUAGGUUUCAAUAAAACAUCAGAUGAAUUGAUAAGUAAAUCAAAAAUGAAUUGGUAAAUGAAUAAAUUAGGAUAACUUUGAAUUUGAAACCAUGUUCUUUAAAUCUACGCUCCAAAAAAAUAAAUCAAUACGCAAACCAUGGCAACGAAGAAAAGAGGCUAUUCGUGUUGAGUGUCAAUAAUUCUUGUUGUGUUAAAAAUUGACGUAUUGGGUGUUAUUUUGAACCCAAUGAACAAAUGUAUGUCAAAUUCAAAAUGAGUUUGAUAUGUACAAAAAUCAAGCGAAGUCUUUCUGCAAUAGAAUACGUAGUUUAUUCGCCCUAAGCAUCUUCUUUGUCGUUUGUAUUCAUGAAAUGUCAAGAACAUAAAGUGAUGAUAAUCGAUGCGAA